AUGUCAUCAUUAUCAUUAUUUGUUAUAUUAACAAUUAAUUCUGUAUAUUUAUAUGAUCCAUCAAAAAGUAUUGGAAGUGUUCCAGUUAAAGUUGAUUCAAUAAAACCAUUAGAUCGAACACAUGUAUUAGCAUCACUUUCACCAUUUGAUAGAGAUUUAUAUAUAAAUUAUCAUAAAGGUAUUCAUAUAGAUCAUUAUCGUGUAUCACCAACAUCAGAAUGGACAUUAGAAAAACGAUUUUCAAAAAAUGAAUGUUCAGAAACAAAAGAUAUUGGAAUUCGUGAUGUUCGAUGUGAUAAUGAUCAUAUUUGUUUAUCAAUAAUGCAACAAGAUGAUUUAAAAUGGAGAUUAGAUUUAAUGUCACGUGAUAUGGUUAGAGUAAGACGUGGUGUUCCAAUGGAUCAUGGAGAAAAUCAACAUAAGUUUUUUUCAAUGCUUAUUCCACUUCAAGAUCAACGAUGGUUAUUUGUUAAUUGGUUUACUAAUCAACUUUGGAUUGUUGAUCAACAAGGAAAAACAAGAUUAGUUAAAGAAACGAAAAUUAAAAAUAUUCGAAAUAUUUCAAUAUCAACUGAUACUUCUUAUAUGGCUAUUAGAACCGAAAAACCAUCGGCUCUUAAAAUAUAUAAACUUGAUUAA